AGAAAUGAACGUCGGCAAUAUGGACGCGGAAAACCGCGUCGUUCUGAAUGUCGGCGGCAUCCGUCACGAGACGUACAAAGCUACCUUGAAGAAGAUUCCAGCCACCAGGCUGUCCAGACUCACCGAGGCCUUGGCCAACUACGAUCCUAUACUCAACGAGUACUUCUUCGACAGGCAUCCUGGGGUAUUCGCGCAGGUGCUGAAUUAUUAUAGGACUGGCAAAUUACAUUAUCCAUCAGAUGUUUGUGGACCACUAUUUGAAGAGGAACUAGAAUUUUGGGGCCUUGAUGCAAAUCAGGUGGAACCUUGUUGCUGGAUGACGUAUACGCAACAUAGAGAUACUCAAGAGACUUUAGCUGUUUUAGAUAGGUUAGAUUUAGAUACUGAAAAACCAAGUGACGAAGAGAUAGCUAGGAAGUUUGGUUUCGAAGAGGACUAUUUCAAAGGAACCUUAUCAUGGUGGCAGUUGAUAAAGCCAAAAAUUUGGUCACUUUUUGAUGAACCAUAUUCAUCAACGGCAGCGAAGGUGAUAGGCGUGCUGUCGGUGUUCUUCAUCUGCGUGUCGAUCCUGUCCUUCUGCCUGAAGACGCACCCCGACAUGAAGGUGCCGUCUCUGAAGCUGACGGGCGUCCGGACGUCCGCCAACGGCACCGACUACUUCUUCGACAAGAUCGACACCGACGCGCACGUCGCCUUCUUCUACAUCGAGUGCAUCUGCAACGCGUGGUUCACCUUCGAGAUACUGAUAAGAUUCAUCGCCAGUCCCAACAAGUGCGAAUUCAUCAACUCCUCCGUCAACAUCAUCGACUACAUCGCCACCGCCAGCUUCUACAUCGACCUGAUGCUGCGCAAGUUCGCCUCGCACGUUGACAACGCCGACAUCAUGGAGUUCUUCUCCAUCAUUCGCAUCAUGCGGCUCUUCAAGCUUACCAGGCACUCGUCGGGCCUCAAGAUCCUCAUCCAGACGUUCAGGGCGUCGGCCAAGGAGCUCACGCUGCUGGUCUUCUUCCUGGUGCUGGGCAUCGUCAUCUUCGCCAGUCUGGUGUACUACGCGGAGCGCAUCCAGACCAACCCCGACAACGACUUCAAGAGCAUCCCGCUGGGUCUGUGGUGGGCGCUAGUCACUAUGACCACCGUGGGGUACGGCGACAUGGUGCCCAAGACCUACAUUGGUAUGUUCGUGGGAGCGCUGUGCGCAUUGGCUGGCGUCUUAACGAUAGCGUUGCCAGUGCCUGUCAUCGUUUCGAACUUCGCUAUGUACUACAGCCAUACGCAGGCCAGAGCGAAACUUCCGAAAAAACGGCGUCGAGUCCUGCCGGUGGAGCCCACCCGAGGCCCGCGCCUGCCCGGCCAAACCGGCAACGCGACCGCCGGCGGUCCUGGGGACCCGAACCGCGGCAUGAACGCCGUAAGCAAGGCGCACAGCCCCAAGGAUCUCCUCGGGGUGCCUGUCCCAAAAAUGGGAUUGAUAGGGGUGACAUCAUCCCUAAAUCCAAACGGAGUUGGACUCGAAUCAAAUCCAGCAUUCUUAAUGAGCAUCAGACCAAAAUUUGAGGGUGUCGCGGCGACUCAACCAACACAAGUGAAUCUGGCUCAAAGUUCUGGACAGUGCUAUACGACAUUGAAACCAACAAGCUAAAAGAACUAGUGAAGGAGUCGUAUGAGCCAGUAGCUACUGUCGGUUCUUCAAGAGAAUAUCGGUUGGGAGAAAACUGAGUGUUCUUAUUUGGAAUCGACGUUAUUCUGAAAUUCUGCAGCUGAGAAUAAAAGAAAUUUUGAAUGAAUAACAUUCUCGUUUCGAUGAACUAAGAAUUAUGAAUAUAUUUGCAAUUG